UAUAUUUAAUAUGUACGCUUGUGGGAAUUGCUUAAUUUAAGCAGUUCUUGUUUUGAUUGUUAUAGAACUAAUUGAUAAGAAAUUUUUAGCUAAACCAAGCAAUGAACAUUGUAUUAUUUCAGUGAACAUGUCAUUUUCGGUUAAAAACAUAUUUCAGACAUCUACUGCUCUUGGAAAUACUAUUUGGGAAAGGUCCAACAAAAAAUGUUUACGUUAUAAUGCCUCAAUACUCAACCAAAUGCUAGCAAGACAAAUCCACCUCUGCUGCAAUUUGGCCGCUAGGGUGACUUUCAAGUUGGCAGACAUUGGUGAAGGCAUUAGAGAAGUAAUGGUUAAAGAAUGGUAUGUGAACGUUGGAGAUAAAGUAAGUCAGUUUGAUAAUAUUUGCGAAGUCCAAAGCGAUAAAGCUUCUGUGACCAUUACCAGCCGUUACGAUGGAACUAUUUCGAAACUGUAUUACGCCGUUGAUGAUGUAGCGUUGGUAGGAAAGCCUCUUGUGGAUAUACAGACAGACCAGGCAGAUGAGAUGCAGCCACAAACUCUAUCUACUCAGGAUGAAGAAGUCCAAGAAAAUGAACCGAAAAAAAGUGAAAAGGACGAACUUGCGAAAUAUUUAAUUACGAAUGAAGUCUUGCAAUCAACAGAAGAACAAACAUCAAUAUGCAUACCUUCAGUUAGAAGAUUAGCCAAGGAACAUAAGAUAAACCUUUCGUUGAUUAAAGGAACUGGGAAACAUGGUAGAAUACUGAAAGAAGAUAUUUUGGAAUACAUAACAAAAAAACCUGAAACAAAACCUGUCGUUCCGUUGGAAGAUAGAGUCGAACCUAUAAAAGGUUUCAAGAAAGUGAUGGUUAAAACAAUGACAGAAUCACUGAAAAUCCCUAGCCUCAUGUACGGCGAUGAAAUAAAAGUGACGAAACUAUCAGAACUCAGGAAAUCACUUAAGGACCUUUCGGAAUUGGAGAACAUAAAGCUAUCGUUUUUGCCUUUCUUCAUCAAAGCUGUCUCUAACGCUUUACAGCGUUAUCCGAUAAUAAACGCUAGCGUUGACGAGAAUUGUGAAAAUAUAACAUAUCAUAAGAACCACAACAUUGGAAUUGCUAUGGACACGAAGGUUGGGCUCGGUGUACCAAUUAUAAAGGGUGUUGAGAGUUUAAGUAUCAUAGAGAUCGCGAAAGAACUUAAUCGUUUAAUACAGUCAGGAAGAGAUGGAUCUUUUUCACCUAAUGAUAUGGUUGGUGGGACUUUUUCUGUAUCAAAUAUCGGAGCUAUUGGUGGGAGCUAUAUGCAACCAAUUAUUUUACCUCCUCAAGUGGCAAUAAUCGCUCUGGGUGCUUCCCAGGCACUGCCACGUUUUGAUGAAAACAAGAAUGUCAUAUCCGAAGAAAUCGUUAAUAUCAGUGCAGUCGCUGAUCAUCGAAUAAUAGAUGGUGCUACAAUGGGCAGAUUCACCCAGAUUUUGAAGAAACAAAUUGAAAACCCCUACUUAUUGUUUUUAAAUCUGUAAUUUUUCUGGGAGCACAUUAAAGUUAUAUGAAAAUGAC